AUGGAUGCACUAUCAACAUCUGGAAGUAACAAUGCUAAUAUUAGCAGUGCCAAACCAAUGUUGUUUAGGAAUAUAUUCAUAUCAUUGGAUCCUCAGUUCUCUUAUACAUUGAUGGAUUACUUUUGUCGAGGCUCACCACAAAAGACAUCACAACUGUUUGGUUCACUGAUAGCCUUGGUGGAUGAUCACUUCAUGGAACAAUUGCGUAUAUAUAUUAGAGUAAACAUGCCUGCCAAUCAAAGGAUGUCCUCUUCCUCCAACAUUAACAACAAUGAUGACUCAACAUCAUUCCAAAGCUUCAAAAACAUCAUCAAUCUUAUGGUGUCUAACUAUUUAAAGAUCAACUCUACACAGUCGAUGGAGUCCCUAUUGACAUCACAACUACAGGUGCUGGCUGCAAACAUCCAGCAAUACUGCUUAAACACAAGCGCAUCAUCAUUGGAAAGCCUCGUAGGCAACAACUACAACAAUAACAGCAGCAGUGGAGAUCUGGCACAGUCGGGAACAUACACAGGUGGCCGCUCACUCAAUGAGAGCAGCAGCAGCAGCGGCAGCGUCCGCGUCACCAGCUACAGCGAGGAGCUGGUGCAGUUUGCCACGUCGAUCGUCAGCGCCGUGUGCAAGUCGCACGACAAGUUCACGCCACACACCUACCAGGUGCUGCAGGUACUGUACAACGAGACCAAGGCGCUGGGCGCCGAGUUCAGCGUCGAGCUGAUCAAGCGCAUCUUCUUUGUCAAGCUCGUUUGUCCAGUGCUGGAGAACCUCGUCCCCUCAUCACUAUCGUCGCCACUCACCAAGCGCGUCUACGCUCAAAUGUCCAAGAUCAUCGAGGAGAUCAUCUUGACCAAGGAGGUCGUGGCCACGCCCGUCCUCAGCAGCAGUCCAGGACUUCGUGGACUCAGCGGCAAUCUCAACAACAACAGCAACAGCUACAACAGUGGUGGCAGUGGCGGUAGUGGAAGUAACAGCAACAGUUACCUCAACAGCGCCACUGGCAGCAAUGCCAGCAGCACCAUUCGCUUCGACUCAUUGCCAAUCGCCAACCAGAUCACAGAGUUCAUUGCGACGUUGGUCAGCCCAAUGAUCAGACGCACGGUCAGCAGCGCCAACGUGGCCCUGACGCUCAAGUCGUCGGUCAACAAGGACGAAGCAUUGGCCUACUUCAUACACUAUCUCAAGACCGAGUCAUUGAUGCUCGACGACCUGUUCAAACGCGCCAAGGACAUGGGUCCACAGGGCGAGCGCAACUUCUAUCUGUAUGGCAUCUUCAAGGAGCUGCUCAAUGGCAUCAAGUCCAUCUCGAUGGGCAUUGGCCUGGGUGGCGUCAUGCGCUCAAGUCUGACGAUACCGGGCGAGAGCACUGCCCACUUGCGAUCAAACAGCAGCCACGGACACAGCCACAGCAGCCACAGCAGAGGCCGAUCAUCAACUACAUUGACGGAUGAGGCCAAGUCGAAGCGCGAGAAGGAAUCGAUCGAGUUCAAGAAGUGGUCGUCGGAGGACCUCAAGCUGCUGGUGAAUGGACGCUCUCAGAAGCGUCGCUGCCAGAUCCUCGAGCGCAGCGUCAAGUCCAAAGAGGUGUUGACCUUCAACAUAUGUUUGUCAGACAGCGUGGUCAUCGUGCGCCACAUCAAGGUGCCCCUGGCGGCCACUGUAAAGGGCCUGAUCGCCCGUCUGCUCAGCGACCCCGAGAUGGCCGACAUCCAGUACAAUCGCGAAGUGCCCGAGUACGAGCUGGCCGUGCGCUAUGCCGAGAAGGUCACAGUCAUUGGCAACACCAUCGACGCCAAGAACCGCGAGGUCAUCUGCGACGUCGACAUGCCGCUCUGGGUCUAUGAUGUGGACGCCGAAUGUACCAUAGUUUUCCGACCGGAGAAGAAGCGCCGUAUCGCCGAGUUCUCCAUCUACCUGCGCUGCUUCUUCCCCUCGCUGGCAUCGCCAGCCACACCAGACGCCGCACUCACACGCAGCAAAGAGCCACCCGUCAUCAUACACGUCAGCCUGCAACUGGCACCCAAGGUCAUUAUCAACGAGAUGCUGCUCAAGCACGUUGUGCAGCUGGACCCGACACGUCUGGGCAUGUACCUGUACGACCUGGAGGAGAGCGCCACCACAAUGCAGCCAUUCAAGCUGGCCGCCGACAAGGUGCUGGCUUGCAACAAGAUCUCUACAAUGGACAUUAUAGAGUGCAACUUCCGCCACGCUUACGAGCUGGUGGCGGGUAUCGACGGAAACAACAUCACAACACUGGUCGACCACGACACACCCGUCGAGGUGGCCGCCAACACACUCCUCGCCCUCAUCCAGAACAUACUGUCUGGCAGCAACAAGUCGCCAAACGCGCAUCCCCUUCGCAGCCCACGCUCUGACAUGAACCCCAACCACUACUCACUUAUGCUGGCCGCGCAGAUCAAUCACCUGCCGAGCACACUGCUCACGGGCACAAAGCUCAGCGACUAUCCAAUGCUGGUUGGCGACGAGCUCGUCAUCUAUCCGCGCCAGAUGAUCUCUCUCGUGGAGAACCUCGAGCCCAAGAAGGACAACGAGCUGAGGCGCUCACUAAACUUCUUCCUCAAGAAGGAGGGCGAGCAGCAGUCCAAGCAGGAGGAGCUUUCCACCAUCGAGAGCGACAUUAUCAAGUAUCGCUUCAAGGUCAACUGGAUUGGACCGCGACAGAUCACAGAACAUGGUAGGAGCGAGUCAAACUUGAACAUUUCGCCUCUGAUGUUGAUUGGCGUGCCUACCAUCCAGGCACCAUCGUCGAGCAACAGCAGCCCCAACAGCGCGCAGGGCGGUGCCAAUGCCGGCAACAACUUUAUCAACCUUGCACCAUUCGAGAAGCGCAUCACAGUCUACCUGUCCAACACGCUGACGCUCAACCCCUCGCUCAUCUCCAGCUCCAAGGAGACAUUCUGUCUGAACAACGAUGUCAAGCUAUGCUUUGUGGGCGACGAGACACCUGAGAAGCUAAACCUGUUCAACACACUCAAGAAGUCUGGCAUCAGCCGUUUCGCGCGACCAGAUGCUUCACCCUCCAUGAUGUCUGGCUCGAUGAUCUCUGGCUCGUCCACAUUGAGUGGUGGCAGCAGCAUCCUGCAAUCUCUGGCGUCACAGCAAGGCGAUGGCGAGGACACUGGUGUCAAGAUGUCCGAGUGGACAUUCUCACAGAGCGAGAUGCCCGACUACAUAAUCACAUUCAGGAUGCACUACUUUAGUGGCCUGGAACAAUACCAGUCGACGCACCCACUGUUCAUCACACCCGAGUCUGUCUUUGUGAUCACGUACCCCUCCCUGGCACUCAAGGAAUCGACCAUUGAGUACUGGAUGGAGAUCAUCCAGGCCAAGGCACCUGGCUCCAUCGUCAUCAUCGUAGGCCUCGCCACAGAGGAGCCAUCCAAAAAGACACAGUUCAUCUCGCGAGCACUCUUAUCACGUUAUGGCAACGUGCUGCACUACCUACAGACCAACAUCAAGAACCCCAAGCAAGUGCGCGCACUCAUUCAGUGCCUGCACAACAUCGCACGCCAGAAGCAGUUCCGUAAGAAGGUGCCCAUCCCCUUCAUCCUGCUGCGCAACCAGUGCUUGGAGACAUGUCGCGAGGCACACCGCCUAUCGCGCAUCCCCAUGACAUCGAUCAGCAAGAUCAAAGCGGUGGCCAAGCUCAUCGGCCUCGAGAACCGCAUGGUGGACGAGGCUCUCAAGUACAUGCUAAAGAGCGGCGACAUAUUGUAUUAUAGACAGGAUGGAGACAAUGAGUUCAUGACCGACAUCAUCUUCCUUGACCCCGCGUGGAUGUCGCGCCUACUCUCCUCAGUGUUCACACUGAAGCAUCAGAACGGCUACUUGAUGAAGGGUGGCAUCUACCAGGCGUGGGAGGACAAGUACCCCAACGCCAUCCAUGCAUCGCUCACCUACCUUUUGGAGAAGUUCGAGAUCAUUCACUUGAGCACCGAGGGCGACACAUCGACGAGCGGCGAGAGCGACAGCAUCAUCGUGCCCAUGUUGUUCAGUGAAGAGCGCCCAAGCGUCAUGACGAUGCUGUGGCCCGAGCACACCACCAAGAUCCAGAACGAGCGAGUCUACCACUUCCGCUUCCUGCCCAAGGGAUUCUUCAGCCGACUCUCUGUCAAGAUGCUGCAGAACUUUGACGCCGUGUGCAUCUGGCAGGGCGGCAUGGUGAUCCAGCCCGCUGGUCAGGUGUGGGCCGGUGCUGCCAAGAGCGAGCACGGCCAGGCGUUCAUCCAGUACGAUGCUGGCAAGUACAUGCUACGUGUAGUUGUUCGCGAUACCAUCAAGGGCACAAUGCUCAAGAACCUGGUCGACAUCAUCUCAUCGUUCAUCAUGUGGUACUUCCCCGAUCGCCUGACCAAGACCUACGUUACAUGCACACAUUGCAUUGAGUCACGCAGAGGCAAGGAGAGCACGACAUGGACUCUGGACUACUGCGAGAAGGAAGCGUCGCAUGGCAACGACUUUGUUGUGUGCAGUGGCGUGCACAAGGUGAAGCUCAGCGAUCUGGCCUUCGAGGUCACCGUGCACAGCAACAAGUUCUCGAUCAUUCCAUUCGAGGAGCUCAAGUGGCCCAUCAAGAAGCUCAACCUCGAGGAAGACGACACAAGCACUGAGAAGUUCCGUGAGUUUAGGCAUGAAGCCGAGAUCAAUGGUGACUUGCAACACGAGAAUGUAGUCUCACUCAAGGGUGUAACAUUGAACCCAUUCUGUAUUAUAACUGAGCUGCUCAGGUUUGGAGACCUGUCCAAGUUCUUGCGCAACACAACCGAGUCAUUCACGAUGGGCACCAUCCUCAAGUUGUCGAUGGACAUUGCCCAAGGCAUGUACUUCCUCCACUCCCGCAAGCCAAUGAUCAUUCAUUGUGAUCUAAAGAGUGCCAACAUCCUGAUUGGAGGACAAUCAUUGGACACGUUGGUGGCCAAGGUAUCGGACUUUGGAUUGUCAGUUAGACAGUUUGAUAAGGAGGUCAAGGGAAGAAAGGUAUGGAACUGGCGUUGGCUGGCACCAGAGGUGAUCAAGAACGUGCAGUACACAGAGAAGAUUGAUAUAUACUCGUACGGCAUGGUGAUCUGGGAGUUGAUCACCCGCGAGAUCCCCUUUGAGGAGUACUUUGAGGAGUACAAGUGGAACUCGGUCAUUGAGGACAAAGUCACACAUGGCCUGCGCCCCACCAUCCCCAAGGAAUGCCCCGAGCAGUUUGCCAACUUGAUCCAGGACUGCUGGCAAGAGGACCCACGUAGGCGUCCAUCGUUCGAGGACAUCAUCACACAGCUACAACAGAUGCAGAGCACAUUCCCCCUGAACAACAAGAUUGAAUUCCGUGCCAACGGCAACAUGGAGGGUCCAUCGAUCGAUAUCACGCCCAUUGACAUGUCGCCACGCCAAUCGGCCACGCCCAACAGCAUCAGCAGUGUUGGAAGCAACGCAUCGAGCGACACUCUCUUCUCCAAUCUCCUGAGCAAGUUCUCGCCCUCCACACUCGAGCCCAUCGAGUCACCGCGCAGGAAUCACUCAAACAGCAGCUUUGGCGACGACUCUGCCAGCAGCUGCGACUUUAAUGCCUCGCUGCAUUCCACUCCAAGCGUGAGCUCAUUCAUGCUGGACGACCCACCCCUCGCCUUCAAGGAGUUCCUCUCGUCGAUGCUGACGUCGGCCAUCCACACAAUGCUCUACGUGCACCAGAAGCAGGAGCCACAGGUGUGGUGCGGUUGCGGCGACGGCUCCGUCACUGUGUUCAACGCCAACACAAAGGAGAUCAUCUCUUCAUACCGCAGCCAAGAGGCGACAAGGAUUAUCGGCAUCGCGCAGGUGCGCAAGUCCAAGGGCAAGGUGAACCCGCUUUCCGACGACGACCUCCAGGUGUGGGCCUACUAUCUGGAUGGCAUACUCGUGUUUGAUCCCAAGCAGCCACUCAAGCCUAUCAAGGCCAUCAAGACCAACUACAUCGCCAGCCUGUUUGACGACGGCAAGGCAGUGUACAGUAACUGUCGCGAGAAGAACGUCACAUCGAUGAAGAUCCUGAGCAAGACAUCGUUCAAGUGCAAGAAGAUCAUUCCACUCAAGAUCCCCCCCGAGAGCCACAUCUCGACAAUGGCGCUGAUCAAGGUGGGCAACGACCUCAAGUGCUGGAUCGGCACGGAGAAGGGCACCAUCUACGUGUACGACCACCCCACGUACCAAUCGCUCAACACAAUCGUCGAUGGCCACAACGGCACCAUUCACACGAUCAAGCGCAUCGACAAGUACAUCUGGACAUCGAGCGAGAAGACCAUCUGCAUCAUCAACGACCAGCUGGCACAGAAGAAGAAGAUCGACGGUAUCACGUCCAAGGUGAUGGGUCUGACCCUCGUGGACCAAUACGUGUACGCGCCUUGCUGGGACAGCUCCAUCCUAGUCUACGACAAGGAGACUUUCCAAUGUGUCUACCACUUGCCCAAGAAGCACGCCGAUCCACUCAGCAGCAUUGUAGGCGUACGCGUCUCUACCUUUGCCACUGAGCUCUGGGCUGCCAGCUGGGACAAGCGCAUCUCUGUAUACACUACAAGUGAUGCGGAUAUCGGCGGUGAUGCCAUCGAUGCACCCGGCUCACCAUCAUCAGGUCAUCACAACUUUAGUGGACUAGGAGGAUCUAUAACAGCUGGAGGCAUAACCUCAUCCAGGUCAAUCUCUUCUGGAUCACUACUCGUCCAUUCCAACUCGAGGAAGAAGAUCAACAAUAUAUUCGCCAACUAA